AUGGUCUUCCAACUCAUAACCCAAUUCCUCUUCAUUGGCGCGAGUGUUGCCUCGGUCCUGCCAAGAGCCUCUACCGUGCAAUGGGGGAAGUGCGACGAUGGGUUGCAGGCCAGUCCGCCAGCGCAGUGCGGGAACAUCUCUGUGCCCUUAGACUACACGAGCGCGAACGCCUCGGCAACGUAUACGCUGCCGCUGCUGAGAAUCCCCGUGGCUGCUAACAUUACAUCAAGAGGGUCCAUCAUAAUCAACUUUGGGGGCCCCGGGCAACCAGGGAUCCCAUUGCUGGCGGCGCAAGCUCAAGCGAUUCGGAGUUCCUUGAGUCCCGACUACGACCUCAUCAGCUUCAACCCUAGGGGAACGAAUAAGGACGAGCUCUUCUUCUCCUGCUAUACAGAGGAAGAGAGAACGCGCGUCUUCAACCCUGACCCGCUGGCCGAGAUGUGGUACGACGAGUCGGAUGUGGCGCCCGGUAUGAUCUGGGCGGAAUCCAAGCUGCGCGCAGAUCAGUGCUUCAAGAGCAGGGGAGAUGUAGGCGGUCUCGUGGGCACGGUGUUUGUGGUCAGGGACAUUGUCAAGAUAUCCGAGGCUGUGGGCGACGAGCUGGUUAACUAUUUCGGGAUUUCCUACGGUACUGUGCUUGGGGCAACGCUGGUAUCCAUGUUUCCAAACAAGGUGGGUAAGGUGGUGCUCGACUCCGUGGGCAACCCCCAUGGAUAUAUCCAUGACAUGAACGAGCUCGGCAGCCGAGCCAGGACUGAUGCCACCUUCGACGCCCUCCUCUCCCAGUGCGUCGCCCAGGGCCCAAUCGAGUGCCCCCUCGCCCGCCACGCCUCCACGGCUGCCGAGUUGCAGGCCAAGAUCUACGCCAUGAUCGACGCCGCCCGCGCGAACCCAAUCGCCCUACCCCUUGAGCACGCGCGCUACGACACGACAAUCGUCCGGGGCACGGUAGUCGAUUAUAGCACCCUCAAGACUAUGGCCUUCCUCUCGCUGUUCGCGGCUGGUACCCAGACCCAGAUGCUGGCCGGCCUUGACGGCGCCCUCCGCGAGGACUGGGCCACCUAUGCGGCCUGGCGGGAUGCCCUGGACGGCGCCUUUGCGAGCCAGCUGGAUAGCGAGGUUUGCCUGGGCAUCUCAUGCGGCGACUCGACCCCGCGAUCCGAUGACCCGGAGCUCGUGCCGGACGGGAUGGAGGCCGCGAGCCGCAUCAGCCGCAUCGCUGGUGGAGCAGGACCCUCGAACGGGCUCGGGUUCCGGAGCUCCAUUUGCGCGCAGUGGCGGGUUGCUGCCAAGGAACGGUACCUCGGGGACUACAAUGUCUCGACCAAGAACCCGGUGCUCAUCGUGAAUAACAGGUACGAUCCGGCCACGCCGUUGGAGUUGGCGCGCAAUGUUAGUGCAGGGCUGGCGGGCAGCCGAGUCGUGGAAGUGAAUAAGAUUGGUCAUGGUGCUGUUGUCGCGGCAUCGAAGUGCCUACAGGAUGUCAUCGCCGACUUCUUUGGGCGCGGCAUCAUGCUAGAGGUGACCUUGUGCGAGCUUGACGAGCCUCUCCUACAGACUGACGGGACUCUUGGAGGCCUCUAG